AUGGAUCGCCAGUCCGUCUUCAGCACGCGGCUGUACUACGACGCCGCUAGCGAGCGAGGGGACACAAAUCAGCAAAUCCGCCAGCAGCUCGAGUCCUUCAUCCUCGACUUCCGUCUCGAUAACAGCUUUAUUUACAGAGACCAAUUGCGUGAAAAUGCCCUCCUCAAAAAGUACUACUGCGAUGUCAACAUCGGUGACCUGAUCAAGUUCAACGAGGAGAUUGCCCACCGUCUCGUCACAGAACCCGCGGAAAUUAUUCCCCUGUUCGAGGCUGCGCUCAAGCGGUGUACACACAGAAUCGUCUACCCUACAGAUCCCGAUAUUGAGCUUCCUGACCACCAGUUGCUGCUGCACUCCAAUGCCGAAGAGGUCUCGAUCCGGAGCUUAGACUCCAUGACCAUCUCACGCCUGGUCCGGGUGCCCGGUAUUGUCAUUGGCGCAUCCGUCAUGUCGUCCAAGGCAACCGAGCUUUUCAUCCAGUGCCGUAACUGCGGCCACACAAACCGGGUCCCCGUCCAUACUGGCUUCACCAGCGUGACUCUGCCCCGCCAGUGUGGCCGAGUCAGAGCUCCCGGUGACCCGACGGAAAAGUGCCCGCUUGACCCUUACUUCAUCGUGCACGAGAAGUCUAAGUUUGUCGACCAGCAGAUCAUCAAGCUACAGGAAGCCCCUGAUCAGGUCCCCGUCGGUGAGCUGCCGCGCCACGUUCUGAUCUCGGCCGAUCGCUACCUGGUAAACCGGGUCGUGCCCGGCUCGCGCUGCACCGUCAUGGGCAUCUUCUCCAUCUACCAGAACAAGGGCUCUAAGAGCUCGACCGGUGGCGCGGUCGCCAUCCGGACCCCUUAUCUCCGUGCUGUCGGCAUCCAAACCGACAUUGACCAGACCGCCAAAGGGCAGGCAGUCUUCUCAGAAGAAGAAGAGCAAGAGUUCCUGGAGCUCAGCCGGAAACCAGACCUCUACAAUGUGCUGGCUGACUGCAUCGCCCCAUCAAUCUAUGGCAACCGCGACAUCAAGAAAGCCAUUCUGUGCCUUCUCAUGGGCGGUUCCAAGAAGAUCCUCCCCGACGGCAUGAAACUCCGUGGUGAUAUCAACGUCCUGCUCCUCGGUGACCCCGGUACAGCCAAGUCCCAGCUCCUCAAGUUCGUCGAGAAGGUUGCCCCGAUAGCCAUCUACACCUCCGGCAAGGGCUCGUCAGCCGCCGGUCUGACAGCCUCGGUGCAACGCGACCAGUCCACACGCGAGUUCUACCUCGAAGGCGGCGCCAUGGUUCUUGCCGACGGCGGCGUAGUCUGCAUCGACGAGUUCGACAAGAUGCGUGACGAGGAUCGUGUCGCAAUCCACGAGGCCAUGGAGCAGCAAACCAUUUCCAUCGCCAAGGCAGGCAUCACCACCAUCCUGAACGCCCGUACCUCCACGACCAUCCUGUCCCGUUUCGAUAUGAUCUUCAUUGUCAAGGAUGAGCACGCGCGCGACCGCGACGAGCGCAUCGCUAAGCACGUCAUGGGCAUCCACAUGGGCGGCCGGGGCGUCGAGGAACGCGUGGAGGCCGAGAUCCCCGUAGAAAAGAUGCGUCGCUAUAUCAGCUAUUGCAGAUCGCGCUGCGCCCCCCGCCUUUCCGACGCCGCCGCCGAGAAACUCUCCUCCCACUUCGUCGCCAUCCGCAAGCAAGUCCACGCGGCUGAACUCGAAGCCAACGCGCGCUCCUCCAUCCCCAUCACCGUGCGUCAGCUGGAAUCCCUCGUCCGCAUCACUGAGGCUCUCGCCAAGAUUACCCUCUCCCCCGUCGCAACUGAAGAACACGUCGACGAAGCAAUCCGGCUAUUCCUCUGCUCGACCAUGGACGCAGUCAACCAGGGUACGGGCGGCGGGCCGGGAGGUGGUGUCCCCGGUGGUCGGGAGCUGAAUGAAGAGGUUGCGCGGGUGGAGGCUGAGUUAAAGAGGAGGUUGCCGAUUGGGUGGAGCACGAGCCUGGCAACGUUGAGGAGGGAGAUGGUGGAGGGGAAGGGGUUUAGCGAGGCGGCGUUGAAUCGGGCGUUGAUGAUUCUGCAGCGGAGGGAUACCAUUAUGUUUCGGAAUGGCGGUGCUCAGGUGUACCGAAAUGGUGCCUGA